AUCGUUCAUUAUAUUUUGCUCCACUUGGCCAUAGAAAAUUUGAUAACACGCAGAACUUUGCAAUUAAGUUGACUCAAGUUGAAAGGUUUCAUUUGAAACUUUUGAAACAAAUCUUCCUACCAAUAUAAUAUAUAAAGGUACCAUUAGGCAUUUUUUAAGAUGACUUCCGCGCUUAUGAUACUCAAGUCACUUUUGGUACUACUUCUAUUUUGCAAUGUGGAUGGUGACACACGAAUAGAUUUCCGACCAAAAAAUGUUACAGUUUACAUGGGAGAUACAGUUAAUGUUUCUUAUACUGUCCUAGGAAUUGGUAAUGGUACAAGUUGUUAUUUAUACAGCAAUGAUCCUCAUAUUGCGGAUCUAAAAUUUUCACAGACAAUAAAUAGUGUUAAUCAGACUGGAGUAUUUAUUUUAGAAGGAAAUUUUCUAGGUGACACAUUUAUAUCAUGUAGAGACCCAAUAAGUAACGACAGAUCCUCAGAAAGUCAAAUGUAUGUGAGAUGUUUAAGACCGGAAAGGGUUAUUGAUACAAUUUUUACCGCCUCCACUGUAGUACUCGUUACAAUAAUUUAUGUAAAUUUUGGAUGUGCCGUCGAAUGGGGUGAACUAAGGAAACUAUUAAAAAGACCUAUCGGACCUAUUAUAGCCUUUUCUGGUCAAUUUAUUUUAAUGCCACUUGUUACUUUUGGAUUGGGAUUUGUUCUAUUUCCAAACGACCCUGCCAUGAGAUUAGGGAUGUUUUUUGUGGGAGUAUCUCCAGGAGGUGGUGCCUCAAACAUAUGGACUGCUAUAUUAGACGGUAAUAUUGAUUUGUCAAUUUUAAUGAGCACAGUGAGUACUCUGGCAGCUUUUGGAAUGAUGCCUUUGUGGCUUUUUACACUCGGUGGUACUAUUUUUGCUGAUGCCAAUACAGAGGUUCCCUACUUCCAAAUAAGUACCUAUGUGAUGGGUUUAAUUUUUCCUUUGACUCUUGGUUACUUGAUCCAACGAUACCUAAAGAAAUUUGGAUCAUUCUUAAAGAGGAUCUUAAAAGGAUUUUCAUCUAUACUUAUUUUGUUCAUCAUUGUUUUUGCUAUAGUGACAAAUUUGUAUUUAUUCGAGUUAUUUUCUUGGCAAAUAUUUGUUGCUGGAAUGGUUAUUCCUUGGAUGGGUUACCUCGCAGGUUACACAGUAGCCAAGCUACUAAAACAACCUUAUCCAGAUGCAUUGGCAAUUGCCAUCGAAAUUGGCAUCCUAAAUACCGGAAUUCCAAUUUUCUUGCUUAGAUUUGCAUUGGAUCCGCUCAAUGCGGAUUUGACAACAGUUAUACCAGUAUCGGUGGCUAUAAUGACACCUCUUCCAUUGAUGGUCUUCUUCGUUUUUAGGAAAAUUAAGCAAAGGUAG